GGUGCAGAAAAGAGAGGACGAGGGAGGAGGUGGAGGCGAAAGCAGAAGGGUGGUGCAGACUUUUGCUGGGAUCGUCGUCCCGCCAGCAGUUCAACGCAGCACCCACGGCCUGACGACGGCCGACGCACAAAUUGCGCGAGCACAACGGGUGCGCGCGCGGAAAACGUCGUGCUCACGCGAAUUCAGUAG